AUGGACGACAUGUAUGAUUUGGAUACCAUAGAUGUGGAGCUUGAUGAUUAUUUUAAGAGGAAACCAAUUUUCCAAUGCAGAGAUGAAUUUUUGAACAUUCUUUGUGAAAAAGACAAUAACGAUGAUGCAACUGAUGAUCUUGAAGGUCAAUGUCACAAUAAUGCUCAAACUCAAAUCCAUAACCAACCAUUGGACACAAAGUAUGAAUCCCCACAUCUGCUGAAAUUGUUUUUAACUAACUAUGCUAUUAGUAAGGGUUAUCAAAUUCGUUUCAAAAAGUGUGAUAGUAUUAGACUAGUCGUAAUAUGUGGAAGUGCUCCAGAGAAGUGCCCAUUCCUGGUUAGGGGUUCUUGGAUGGGUACUGAAAGGUCAUUCCAAGCAUACUUGUGUUAG